GCAGAAGCAGUUUUGCAGGCAUGAGAAAUCACAGUGAGAGCAACGCUGUAAGUUAAUAGAUAAUCGAUAUAUUGAACUAAGAUGUUAAUGCCGAUCCUGUUAGAAGUAACGACGGUAGAUAAUGUUUAUGCUUUCGUUAGUUAAGAGUCGUGGAUAGUUUGCAUGGAAGUGUAUUUAAAGUAGUCAAUGGAGCAGGUAAACUCUGCCUGUAUACUGCACCUUAGUGUAAUGUAGUUAUAGUCACCUUUGCAAGUAUUUACACUUGAAAUGUGAUAUUAAGGAAGGAACAAAUACUGUAUCAAUCUUGUAUUGUUUUAUCAACAGUUUUCACCAUAUGUUAAUGUGAAGAGUGAACAGUAAAUGGUUAAUCUUACUGCGAUCUGGUUUGCAUUGGCUGUGGUUUAUCCGGACGUUAAAUUCGGCGUUAUCAGUUACACCCGAAGGAGAACGUUACAGUGAAAAAGCGGCAUUAUCAGGUGUUUCAAGUGCUGCAAUGUCAGCUCAAUCCAGCAUCAAGUCGACGCCGCCCAGCGACAAGGGCGGUAAACCGACAUCAAGUAAGCCCACCCAGGCGUUAUCAGGUGUUUCAAGUGCUGCAAUGUCAGCUCGAUCCGGGAUCAAGUCGAUGGCGCCCAGCGACAAGGGCAGUAGAACGACAUCAAGUAAGUCCGCACAGGCAAGAGCCAAGGCAGAAGCCGCCAAGGUGCGACUGCAUUACGCCAAACAAGAAGCAGUUUUGAAAAUGAAACUGGCCACCAGAGAAGCCGAAAAGGCUGCCAGAGAAGCCGAAAGGGCCGCCAGAAAGGCAGAAGCCGCCAAGGUGCUACUGCGUUACGCCAGACAAGAAGCAGUUUUGAAAAUGAAACUGGCCACCAAAGAAGCCGAAAUCCAGAAAGAAAGGGCCGCCAGAGAAGCCGAAAGGGCCGCCAGACAAAGAGAAGAGGCUGCCAGAGAAGCCGAAAUCCAGAAAGAAAGGGCCGCCAGACAAAGAGAAGAGGCCGCCAGAGAAGCCGAAACCCAGUUGGAAAUGGCAAAAAUAUCGACAGAGUUGCAAGUGCUGCAGCGAGAAAGAGAAGAAGAAGCUGCCAUGGCGGAAGCAAAGUACAUAGAAGAAGCUGAAGGGUCGCGUGAUCUGACCGCAGUAAGAUCUACUUUAGAAGGGACCAGACUGGAACGCACAAGCGACUAUGUACAAUAUCAAAUAGACAGGCAGGCUCGUCUCCCCUCUCCAUACGUAUUCGAUAACUUCCCCAGCUACGAGGAACCUCAGAGAGUCACGAUUGCAUCACAUCCAUACGAGGAAGGAAAUUUACCCUCACGGCUCCGUGAUGAAGUCAAGAAUGAAAGAACCGACAACGCUCCUUCACCCCCACAACAGGACGGCGGGGAGGGAGAGGUUCACUCCAGGACAACAAUUGUCAGCCCGAACUGUACAGAAGUUUGCGGUCAAACUCAGUCAAGCUGUUCUUGUUCCGAGAUCUGCCUCACUGAGGUGUACCCUAAAGAAGCACAAGAAGACAUUACCAAGCGUAAAGUAACCGACGAGACGCUAGGUCAGUCAGUUUUUGUUCAAACCGAGCACGGAAACAAACUUGCACAAUCAGCUCAAGAUACCAUUUCUUUAAAACCCAAAGACACCAAGGUCUUCAGAGAUGAAGCAAAUAAUGGGGUUGCCCCAUUGCCUUUCAGAGAACCACGCCAGCGCUCACCAGAUAACAAAGAGCAGGCAGUCAAACGGUUCACGUCCUUACGGAAAACCCGGAAAAGGAAACCUGAGAUGCAGCAACACACCCGAUUGGCCCACGAGGUACUGUGCACCCUAAUGGCAGAGGUCACAGCCAUUAUAAACGCACAAUCAUUCCUACCUAUGUCUUCUGACCCAGAAAACCCCUUUAUACUUUCGCCAUCAACGCUCCUUACGCAGAAGGCAGGAGCACCUCCUCCACCAGGAGACUUUUCAGACAAGGAUUUGUACACAAAGCAAUGGAGACAAGUCCAGGCUCUGGCAAAUCAGUUCUGGCCUCGCUGGAGACAAAAAUAUCUACCUUUGUUGCAACAGAGACAAAAGUGGACAGAACCCCACAGGAAUCUGGCCAACGGCCAGAAUCACUGUUACAUUCCCUAGCGGGGAUGGACAUGUCAGGAAGAUCGAAUUGAAGACUACCGACCAAGGCGAUGUGAAAAUUUACUACCAAGG